AUGAAAUCGGUUCUAUCCGUUCAGUCCCAUGUUGUGCACGGAUAUGUGGGCGGCAGAGCUGCUACUUUUCCACUUCAGUACCUUGGAUGGGAUGUUGAUAACAUCAACACAGUGAACUUCUCUAACCAUACUGGCUAUGGAUUCGUGAGAGGUUCAGCAAUAGAGGCCAGCAAUAUGACUGCUUUGUUUCAUGGUCUCGUGGAUAUUAAGUGUAAAUACGAUGCCAUAAUCCUGGGUUACAUUCCCUCGGCAGAACUCAUCGACAUUAUGUCCACGAACGUGCAGCUGCUCAAGACCAACAAGCCAUCGACCAUAUACGUCUGCGAUCCUGUCAUGGGCGACCAGGGACAACUUUAUGUCAGUGAGGACUGUGUUGAGGCUUACAGAAGACUUUUACACGAAGGGCAGGUGGACAUCAUCACACCAAACCACUUUGAGUUAGAGCUUUUAAGCGGGUGCAAAAUCAUUAAUGAGACUGAUUUAAAAAUUGCUACAGACUACCUUCACAAAACUUGCAAAAUUAAGCAUAUAGUCAUCACGAGCUUGGGUGAUGAAUUUAAGCUAGGGGCAAAGAGUCAUUCGGAUACCAUAUACUGUGCUGUGUCUUCAUCCGACGAUUCCAGCUUGCAAUACUUUAGAAUCCCCGUCAUCAAGUCCUACUUCACCGGAGUUGGUGACUUAUUUACUGCACUCCUUCUAGACAAGUUUUAUAACAACCCGAAAAAUAUCAUGGUUGCCGUGAACCAGGUUCUCACCAUCAUGGCAGACGUGCUCAAGUUGACCCUUAAGCUCGGCAAGGAAGAAUAUCGUGAGUACAAGAAAAUACAUACCUUAGAAAAUGAAGACAUCUUGGAAGGAAAGAUGAAUGAUGCUGACUCCAUGAGAUUUUUCGAGCUACGGGUAAUUCAAGCUCGUGAAUUCUACAAUUAUACGGGAGAGGGACAGUUUGAACCAGUGUCAUCAUAA